ACUCAUCAAUGAGUGGGCAAAAUUAGACAUGGGAGCCAGUCAGUGUGAGUAAAAUGGUAAUUGACACAGAAUAAAACCAAUGGAUUGUGUUAGGAUCCGAGUCUCUGGGUAGUAUUGGUCCUGCUUGUGGACCAGCCCUUAUUUGCUGCACCAAUUACUGAAAGCUGGAGUUGAUUGCCUGUGUCUGAGACCAACCACCGGGUCUGGUUUCACACUGGGCGGGUCUUUCCAUUGGAGGGGUGGAGAGUCCGAGGUCAUUCAGUCCCUCUCAGAUCCACUCUAUCGGCGUGUGUUUGUGGGGACGGGUAGCAGGAGUCAGGAGCCGCCGGGCGGUAGAGCAACGUGAACGCCUUUUGGGAAACACACACACCGGUGAAAACUGCAGCACAGCCUGGAGGAACCUUCAUCCUCGGGGACGACUUGAGGGGAAUAAUUCAACGAACCGACUGCGCCACACGAUCCACCAACACACGCACCCGGGCUAUCAAUGCUAGGCAGCUAGCUGAACCAGACUGGAUCAAGGUGUUGAGAGCAGCUAGCCUCCAUCAGCUAAUCCUCCAUCACUGAGAAUCCUCCAUCACUAGCUUCCUGUUCCUCCUGAGACCUUCCCGUUCAGACUAAAACCAGAGUCCGGAGCUCCCAGACUAGCUGGAGACCUCGUCUGUGCUGCGUUAGUGGACACCAUCACACCCAUCUCCCCGACCCCUCUUCCUCUGCCCCUCUUCCUCCACCCGGAACACUGGACAUCCACAAGCGGCCGGAGAGCGGCGAAGGGCCGGCCAAGCUGGGGCUGGGAACGAUACCGGACUCCUCUCAGGGAGUCGUACCGGCUCCAGACCCGCUCAGCAGCCGGGGGGAUCUACCGGCGGCCAUGGACGGGCUGGCCGUGGAGGUCCGCGGCUCGAAUGGGGCCUUCUACAAGGGUUACAUCAAAGAUGUCCACGAAGACUCUGUCACAAUCGUCUUUGAAAACAACUGGCAGCCAGAGAGACAGUUGCCCUUCAGCGACGUGCGGUUGCCUCCUCCAGCCGACUACAACAAGGAUAUCGGUGAAGGAGAGGAGGUGGAGGUCUACUCCAGGGCCAACGAACAGGAGCCAUGUGGCUGGUGGCUGGCCCGGGUCAGAAUGAUGAAGGGAGAGUUCUAUGUGAUUGAAUACGCGGCGUGCGACGCCACAUACAAUGAGAUUGUCACAGCUGAGCGUAUAAGGCCCCUCAACCCAAACAGCCCUUCUUCGAAAACCUCCUUCCACAAAGUCCCCAUCCCUGUCCCAGAAGACCUGAGGGACAUCUGUGCAAAUGACAACAUCCACAAAGACUUCAGGAAAGCUAUUGGAGCCAACUGCAUCUUCUACAGCGCCCAGACACACGAGCUCAUUGUGCUGUCAACAAAUGAAACCACAGUAAAGCGUGCAACUCUUUUGAGUGACAUGCAUUUCCGCAGCAUCCGAACCAAGCUUAUGCUAAUGUCCCGCAACGAAGAAGCCACCAAACAUUUGGAGACAAGUAAGCAGUUAGCCUCUGCAUACCAGGAGGUGGUGAAGGUCAGGGAGGACCUAAUGGGCCUGGCCAUCGGCUCCCACGGUGCCAACAUCCAGCAGGCGAGGAAGGUAACCGGUGUCACAGCUAUCGAACUGGAAGAGGAGAGCUGCACAUUCAGGAUCUACGGAGAGACCCCAGAGGCAGUAAAACAGGCUAGAGAAUAUCUUGAGUUCAAAGAAGACUACUUUCAGGUACCCAGGAACCUCGUAGGCAAAGUUAUCGGCAAGAGCGGCAAAGUCAUCCAGGAAAUCGUGGACAAGUCCGGCGUGGUGCGUGUUCGGAUCGAGGGAGACAACGACAAAAAGCUUCCCCGGGAGGAGGUGGCGGCGGCCAGGCAGGGGGCAAGCAGGGACGACACUGCCAGCGGCAAAGAGGGCAUGGUACCCUUUGUGUUCGUGGGGACUAAAGAAAACAUCAGCAAUGCCCAGGCUCUGUUGGAGUACCACGUGUCCUAUCUCCAGGAAGUGGAGCAGCUGCGCAUGGAGCGUCUCCAGAUUGACGAGCAGCUCCGUCAGAUCGGAGUUGGGUACCGCGCACCCGCCAGCCGAACCGGGGGCCCUGGUGUCGAACGGGAGAAAGGCUACUUGACAGACGAGAGCAGCAACUCACUGCACACCUCUCGCACCUACGGGGGCCGUGGCAGAGGCCGCAGGGCCUCCAACAGCCAGUACUCUGGAUACGGCACAAACUCUGAACAGUCCAACGCCUCUGAGUCAGACGAUGUUAACGACAGAGACCAGCGACCCAGAGGCUUAGGUGGAGAUGAAAGGGGCUCCAGGCGGGGAGGAAGGGGCCGAGGAGCUAACUCAGGACGAGGCCGUGGAGGGCCCGGGGCCAAGCCUUCUAACUCCAUCAGCUCAGUGCUGAGGGACCCAGACAGCAACCCGUACUCCCUGCUGGAGGGCGAGGGAGAGCUGGCUGACGCAGACCUGGGUGACGGCAUGGGCGGAGACCGCCGCAGACGCUCCAGGCGCCGCCGCAAUGACCAGGAGCCCAGCGUGAUGGAUGCUGCUGCAGAGUCUGACGGCCAGGCUGGACCCAGUGAGAACGGACUGGAUGAAGAAGCCCGACCUCAACGUCGCAACAGAAGUAGGCGCCGCCGUAAUCGUGGCAGCCGCCCCGAGGGAGGUUCCACCAGCCGUGACAGACAGACAGCUGAUAGUGUGACGGUUGCUGACUACAUUUCUCGUGCUGAGUCCCAGAGCAGACAGAAUCUGCCUCAGAAGGAAAACCAUGACGGCCCUGAGCCCAAGGAGAACGGGACCAGCGCGCCAAAGCCGGAGCGAACGCCUUCCAAGCGUUCCCCCAGCAAAGGCAUGACCUCGCCCAGCGAGACCCUGACUUUGGUCAACGGGGUCUCGUAAAGAGCCGGCCGUGCCCCUCGCGAACCCAAGUCUAGAGCAAGACUCCAUGGCAAACUCUGUCCCUGCUUGCAUUAACUUAAACCUUAAACUGAUGAGUGAAAAGUACCUGACAAAAUACCUGAAUUCAUACUAUGAGAGUGAAAAAGUACAAAAAAACGACAAACGCAUCUACUUAAAAACACACGUUAACGGUGUAUGCUAUCCUAUCUAUCAGUACUUAGUGCUUAUUUAAAAAAACAACUAGCUUGCCAAAAAAGAGCUGGUGGAUAUGACUUGAUUUUUAAAAAUACUGAAAUACGAGAAACAGGACAAGACUUUUCUUUGUUUUUCAAAAGGUUGUCUUUAUUUGUGUCUUUUUUUUUUUUGUUCCGUUGAUUUUGUUCAUUGUUUAUCACUGGUUUGGACUUGGCGGUCGCUCUCUCAACCAAAACAGACGCGUCUCUUAACAGUGUUACAUUACAGACGAGAGAGAUGUAAGCUGUCGGGGAGCGGUGUACGAGCAGACAGUCCAAUAGUUUAUACGACGCGAUGUUCGCACACUGUACCGGGGAGUGGAGACAGACAGACAGAUUGGAAUAUUGAUCGACAUUGUGCCUUGAAUUUGAAAAAAUAAAUAAUAAACUUGAGUUUUUCCAUUAAGUUUGUUUUGUUUCCUGAGAGGAAGAAAAGAGGGAGAGACGUUCCUCUAGGUUUUCCUUUUUGUUUUGGUUCCAAGAAGAGAACAGACCUGUGAGGGAGUGAUGAGGAACAUGAGAGAAAGGGAAAUAGAAAAGGAGGAAGUGGCUGGCCAACAGAGGGAGGAAACAAAGUGGUGCCAAACACAAAAAUUCAAGGCGCUUGUCCUCGUUCCGGAUAGAAUAGACAGCGUCAGGGUCAGUGCGUGCGUGAUGGCGUACGUGUGUUUGUGUGCACAGUUGCGAGAUUCGGCAACCACAAAACUAAACAAGGUGGGGUGAGGUAACAAAAGCGCAACACAGCCCGGGGCGGGCACACGGUCGGGCAUCUCUACCACCAUCUUUCUUAUCACCAGACCUGAUAAAUCCGGUUCUUUGAGGGUCCAGGGUGGCACCCGUGCAGCCUCGUUAACCAGGACAGGCUGAGACCAGACGACGGCAGACUUGAACUCUAGACUUAGACUUAAAGGAGAACUAAACCGUGCCUCUUUCUCUGUCGGAGGGGGCGGCGGUGCUAGCUUCCAGCCACACUAGUGUCUUGAUAAACCACAGCAGCGCACAGCUCCGGAUGCACACGAGGGCGACCACCUUUUCUGGGAUGGGGUGCUGCUAGUGGGGGAGGGGCCUGGAGACUGCGGGACUGUGGGAAUGGGACAGCUUCAAAUGACAUGAGAGCCACACGACACCACACAGGCCCACACUUACAGGUAUACACAAACACACCAGGGUGCGUGUAAAGUCGGCGUGGUCGCCCGCGUGGCGCACAGUAAAGGACCGCAGCAGGAAACUGUACACGAGUCGAGCGUCCGUCUCGUACCUGGCAGUCUGGGCUUGAAAGAUGGAGUCAGAGAGGGACUUGAAAAACCCUCAGUGGCUCUCUGCUCAUGUUGUUACUGUUGUCUGGUUACCGCUCUCAAGUUCUUUUUGUUGCUAUUUCCACAUCUUAGAAAAAUAUGAAAUAAAAAAUUGAAGAAA